GCGCAUGCGCGCGCUCAUUAGGAAACACCAGGGAGUGGAAGGAAAAGGAAGACGGUCGCAGUUUGGAGAGCCGAGAGGAGAGGAUGGUCGGAUGCGAUCUUGUAAGGCAACAAAUUCCCCGGAUGUGGGCGCGCGAGGCGUCGUUUUACUCAUAGAGAGAUGAAUAGCUUCGUUGAAGAUCUGGAAGAUGAGAGUAGGCAAGACUUCACAGAAGACGAAUCAGAGGAUAUGUCUGCGCUAAAUGCAAUUAAUGCUCCAGUUGCGGAAAUUUAUUUACCUUCCCUCCCAAGGCAUUUUCGCCGCCCAAUAUAUGUGACCUGUGAGCCCUCAGAACUAUAUAGGUCAAAAGAAGAUUGUUUAAGGUGUAUACAGAAUGCCCUUUUACAGUCUCAGUGGCAGAGGGCUGCAGAAUUAAUGGAAAGCUAUCUGGAAAUGCUGGAAAGCACCAGUGUGUACAGACAACAGGAAGCUUCUGAGGUCAUCUGGAGAAUAGGAACAGAAAUUGUACAGCAGCAUCCACAGAGCAAUAUAGAUGAGACCAAUCACUUCGCAGAACGGAUGAAAAAUUUAGGAGUAAAAAAAUAUUUAAGGGGUUCUUUGGAACAUGCCUUCCACCUUUUGUGCAAUGGCUUUCUGGAGGAAGCCUAUCAGAACUUAUUUCUGGCAGAAAGCUGGCACUAUGGAGAACUCACAGCUAUCCAGGAAAAAGAACGGAAACUCAUUCAAGGCUAUAGGGGACUGCUGGAUUAUUAUAAGUGGUUAAAAAAGAAAACAGACAUGUUGGAGCUUGCUGAAGACAGCUAUGCUGGAACUUCCGUUCAACAGGAAAUGCAAAGAUUGUACCAGCAGGCUAAGGGCAGUCUUAAAGAGCUAAUUAAAAUCCCUGGAGUUUGGGAUCCUUUUGUGAUCUGUUAUGUAGAUCUGCUGGAACAUUAUGAGGAGAAUGGAGAAGCAAGAGAAAUAUUAUAUGAGUAUGCAUAUAAUUCCAAAUUUCCUUCUAACCCUAAUGCUCACAUCUUCCUCUAUCAGUUCCUUAAGAGAAGGGGUGAAUCAAGGAAGACACAGAUCUCUGUUCUCCAGAUUUUGCAUGAACUUGUUCCUUCUCAUGAACUAAUGUUGGAAUUUUACAUCAUGCUUAGCAAAUCAAGAAAAAAUAAACAUCAUGAACUUUGUCUAAAAGUAAUUUUUGCAGCCUUGGACUUUGUUGAAUGGAAGGAAAAUGUAAAAGCAUGGAACUGUUUGGCAAAACAGAUUGUAGAAAUUCUGCAGAACUCUGACACGCACCUUGACUGGCUCAAAAAGGAAUGGAGUUCCCGAAAGGACUGGUGGCCAGCCUUUCAUUUCAGUCUUUAUUUGGCAAAAAGGAACUGGCAGGAAAAUGAGGGUCUUGCUUGUGAAAAAGUACUGGUGGCUGGAAUACUGUUAGGAAAAGAUUCCAAAUAUUUUAAAUACAUCAUGCAUCAAGGCUAUAAAGUGAUGAAGAAAAAAACCAUACGAUUGAAGAAGUUUGUGAAGGAACACAGCUGGGAAUGCUCACCUUAUGCUGCUCACCUUUAUGAUGCUGAAAACCCUCAGACACCCCUUCGGAACCUCCCUGGUCUUUGCUUUGACUACUGCUCAGAGUUCCACCUCUAUUGCCGUUCUGCGAUCACUUUGCUUACUGAUGACAAACACAUCCAAGAAUGCUGCGAGAAGAAUAAGACCCGUUUCUGCAACCUCCUCAACAUCCAGGAUGAAGACUAUUGCUUUCCUGAUGUACUGAAAAAUACAGAUCUUAAUCGUAACCUGGGCUCUGUGGUGGCAGACAGGAAAGGCUGCCUUCAGCUGUGCUUACGAGAGGUGGCCAAUGGAUUGAGGAAUCCGGUGCUGAUGGUGCAUGCUAAUGACAACACCCACCGCAUGUUUGUAGCUGAGCAGGUUGGCAUCAUCUGGGUCUUUCUUCCAGAUGGAAAUCGUCUAGAAGAGCCCUUUCUAGACAUUAAAAACUUGGUGUUGGCAACCCCCUGGGUAGGGGAUGAGAGAGGUUUCCUGGGCAUGGCCAUCCACCCCAAAUACAAAGAAAAUGGGAAAUUUUACAUUUACUACUCUUAUCAGGACAAGAAAAAGGUGGAAAAGAUCAGGAUCAGUGAACUGAGAGUCUCUGCAUCAGACAUCAACAAAGCUGAUGCGAACACAGAAAGGACCCUCUUAGAGAUCGAAGAACCAGCUGCAAAUCAUAAUGGUGGACAGAUUCUUUUUGGCCUGGAUGGUUACAUGUACCUGUUUACAGGGGAUGGAGGGAAAGCUGGUGACCCUUUUGGUAGAUUUGGGAAUGCUCAGAACAAGAGUAGUUUAUUAGGAAAAGUUUUGCGAAUAGAUGUGGAUGGAAGAAGCUCCGAUGGGAAGCCUUACCGCAUCCCCCCUGACAAUCCUUUUACCUCUGACCCUAAAGCUCUACCAGAAGUCUAUGCCUAUGGGGUGAGGAACAUGUGGCGGUGUUCGGUGGACAGAGGCGACCCACUCACUCAUAAAGGAAGGGGAAGAAUAUUCUGUGGAGAUGUUGGCCAGAACAAGUUUGAAGAAGUGGAUAUCAUUGUUAAAGGUGGAAACUAUGGCUGGAGAGCUAAGGAAGGCUUUGAAUGCUAUGACAUCAAGCUUUGUCACAAUUCAUCCUUAGAUGAUAUACUUCCGAUAUUUGCCUAUGGACACUCUGUGGGAAAAUCAGUCACUGGAGGAUAUGUCUACAGAGGGUGUGAGUCUCCAAACCUCAAUGGCCUCUACAUUUUUGGUGAUUUUAUGAAUGGUCGACUUAUGGCUUUGCAGGAAGACGAAAGAACAAACAAAUGGAAGAAACAAGACAUUUGCAUUGGCAGCACUGUAGCCUGUGCUUUUCCAGGGCUGGUCAGCUCUUAUAGCAAAUAUGUUAUCUCCUUUGCUGAGGAUGAAGCAGGUGAACUAUAUUUUAUGGCUACAUCUUACCCCAGUGCCUAUGCUCCACAUGGUUCAAUUUACAAAUUUGUGGAUCCUGCAAGGAGAGCUCCACCAGGGAAGUGUAAACAGAAGCCUGUUCCAGUGAAAACAAAGAGCAAGCGAAUCCCAUUCACCCCACACACAAAGACUGUCCUUGAAGUGCUCAAAGAACGUCUUACGACAACCCAGUCUCCCAGAACAGGCCUUAACUCCACUGAAUCACCCCCAACUUCUAGAAAGCCUGCAUCUCGCAAAGACUCAACCAAACAUAAGCCAGAAAAGCCAGUUAAGGCUGAUAAAAAGCAGCAAAUGCCACAGCUCCCCAAGGCCCAGGAGUCCAAGGCACAAAAGGAGAAGACUCUGCAUGCGUCCAAGGCAGCAACAUCCUCACCGAAGAGGAAAGGCUCACAGUUAAGGAGAAGCAAAAAGAAAUCUCCCCGGGUUCCCAAAACGAGAUCAGCAGCUGAGAUGAAAACACAGACAAAGAAGAAAAAGAGAAUGAGGGUGAACCUAGGAAGCACUCCUUGAAUUUCCAAUACAGAUCAAGGAGUCAAAUGGUUGGAAGGUAGAUGGAAUUUCUGGGCAACCCCUGUUGCUUCCAUUUUCAUCUUGCUUAAGAGAAUCAGAUCAGUGUGUAGUUUUCAUUCAAAAAUAUAUACAGUACAAUAAAUAUUCAACCAUAGCAUAAGACUGUCACCUAUAACAGAUGCAAGGCAUACAUUUAAUUACAAGCUUAACUGCCCCAAACAAUGUCAAGGUUGUCACUUUCUAGAAAUCUAUCCCAAAAGUCCAUUUUAUCAGUUCAAGUAAGUAGUCUGGUUACUGUUUACUGUAAUGCUGUGACAGAAACUGCAGCUGUGUAAAUGGUAAUGGGUUGCAUCCCUUGUUGAUCAUCAUGGCAAAAAGCAGGGAUUUGCAUUUGUACAACAAGGAACACAACUGAGAAAACUGCCCAACCUUUUAUGUUUUAAUUAUAAUAACUAGGCAGUUUUAAUUUCUCUUAUCAGUUGUAACAUACUUUCUAAAGAAGACAUCUUCUCUCUGUUCAUUCAAUUAAAUAUUAUUGGAUAAAAAUAAAAAUAUUA